CCUUAAAAGCGAUUGUUAUUAACAAACAAAAUUUGAGAGAGAGAGAGAGAGAGAGGGAGAGGGAGAGAUUUGAAGGUGGCUUCAUAAAUCUGAAUUCUUGGUUUCUUCUCCAAAAUCUCUGUUUGGUUCCUCUGAAUUUUUUCUUUUCAUUUUCUGUUUCUCAAUCGAAUUCGGAUUCCGUAUUGAAUUUUCUCGGGAAAAUUUCGCAUUUUCGCGAGAAAAUUUGAGGAAGGCCGGAUUCGCGGAUGAAACGAGACGUUUCUCGGGAGAAUUAAGUUCGAGGAGCGGAGAUGAGAAGCGUGAAUGGAGAUACGAGAAGUAUGAACAGCGCUUUGGAGACUAUAAACGCUGCUGCAACUGCGAUCGCCUCAGCUGAGAAUCGUGUGCCUCAACCUACCGUUCAGAAAAGAAGAUGGGGGAGCUGCUGGGGUGAAUAUUGGUGUUUUAGAUCUCCUAAAGACAAACGUAUUGGGCAUGCAGUCCUUGCUCCUGAAUCGAGAGCUCCUGGAAGUGAUGUCCCUGCAGCUGAAAAUCUGACACAGGCACCCACCAUAGUGCUACCCUUUGUUGCUCCUCCCUCAUCUCCGGCAUCUUUCCUUCAAUCGGAACCUCCUUCUGCAACUCAAUCACCAUCUGGGUUAUUGUCCCUCACCUCCAUUAAUGCCAAUAUAUAUUCUCCAGGUGGGCCUGCCUCCAUUUUUGCCAUUGGACCUUAUGCCCACGAGACCCAGCUAGUCUCACCCCCUGUGUUCUCAACCUUCACCACUGAACCAUCAACUGCUCCCUUCACUCCUCCCCCUGAGUCAGUCCACUUGACCACACCCUCUUCCCCUGAAGUGCCAUUUGCUCAACUCUUUGAUCCAAACAACCGCAAUGGUGAGGCUGGCCAUAGAUUUCUAUUAUCUCAAUAUGAAUUUCAGUCCUAUCAACUUUACCCUGGAAGCCCAGUUGGCCACCUUAUCUCACCGAGCUCAGGGAUCUCAGGUUCUGGCACCUCCUCUCCCUUUCCUGACCGUGAGUUUGUUUGUAGCGGUAGUUCCCAAUUCCUUGAAUUCCGAGCAGGUGGACCUCCCAAGCUCCUGACCCUUGAUAAACUGUCCAACCAUGAGUGGGGAUCACGGAUAGGUUCUGGUUCAAUCACCCCGGAUGCGCUGGGUCCACCAUCUCGUGAUGGUUCUGUUCUGGAUCGUCAGGUUUCUGAUGUGAUACAUCCACCAUCUCGUGAUGAUUCUGUUCUGGAUCGCCAGAUUUCUGAUGUUGCUUCGCAUUCACUUUCAGACGGUGGAUGCCCCAACAAUGAAAUUAUGGUUGAUCAUAGAGUCUCAUUUGAGUUGACUGCAGAAGACGUCGUCAGAUGUGUUGAAAAGGACUCAGCAGCUCUAGUUAAAGCUGUAUCGGCUUCUCUGCAAAAUCCAGCAAGAGCUGAAAUAGAUGAAAAUUCAAGGGAAGUGGUUGUUGAUUCUGAAGGUCGUGUUGGGGAAACAGCCAAUAACCCACCAGAGAAAGCUCCAGAAGAUGCAAAUGGGGAGGAGGGACAACCUCAUCAUAAGCAACGCUCCAUCACUCUUGGGUCUGCUAAAGAAUUCAAUUUUGACAAUGCUGAUGGAGGACAUUCAGAUAAGCCCAAUAUUAGCUCCGACUGGUGGGCCAAUGAGAAGGUUGUAGGGAAGGAGGUUGGCGCCAGUAAGAAUUGGUCCAUCUUCCAUAUGAUGCAGCCAAGUGUGAGCUAACUACAGCUUAUCCCCGAGGCACCUCCCAUUCUCCUGGAGGCAUCGCUAGUGGGGGUUGUGUACUAAACAGAAUAAUUGAUAAAUCAAAUUGUAGAAAAAUUUUGGGUUUUGAAUUGGAAGCAAGAACGCAUAGCAGGACUGACCCAUAAACGAAGGCUGUUUUUGAAGGACUUCUUGACCUGAAAAAUGGGUAGCAGAUGGAAAUGUUUUGUUAGGGCUUAGUAUGAAUAGUGCAAUAUUUUCCUCUCACGCAGAAACACAAACUAACAGCACUCUUCAGACAUUUUGUAUGUUUAGUCGUUUUCCUUCGCAUUUGUAAUGUAAUAUAAAUAAUAUGACAGAACAGUUGUAACAGUGAUGUUGAUCAUGAUUAAUGAUUAUACUGAUACUUUUUAACUC